AUGGGGUCCAUAAUCAAGCUGCUUCUAGCGUUAACCAUCAUAGCGCAAUGUUGCACGCACGGACAACGUGUAAAACGGCAAGCCGAAGACGAUACCACCGGUGCUGGUGAUGGUGAUGCAUCAUCAAUUUUAGUACCCGAAAAAGAGUCUUCAUCGUUCUUCACGAGCAUAACCACCUUGCUUGAGACACUACCCGAAGAAUUUCGCAGUAUUCCGUAUAUUCCUGUAUGGUAUGGAAGCGUGGCCUAUCUCGGCUCGAAAGAGAUUCGCAUUCUCGUCCUGCUAUGCUGCGUAACAUUCGUCACUGCAAAACCGAAUAACCCCGUCUACCCUCGUACAGACAGUGCCUAUCAACGAAACCCAGUUUACGUGGGUCCAAACAAUCCUGCAAACGCUGUAGCAGCUCAAAUCUCCAACGUCGAUAACAUUGGACAAUAUGUUCGAACAAGAAAUCCAACAUAUCUAAGAAACCAGAGGCGUCCAAUUAAGUUAGUUGCGUCCAAUAAUCCAGCGAAUGCAGUGGCCGCUGAAUACUCUCUAAGUCAGGAAUUUUGGACAAAAUAUCCGUGCUUAGAAUAA